GCUCCAGCAGCAGCCCCAGCUCCAGCAGCGGCAGCCCCAGCCCCGUUAUCCCGGACCACUGGAGCCCCCGGACCGGGACAACACUUCCUCUACGUGCAGACGUCAUGAAUUGUUGAGUUGGUCAAAAUGAACAAACCUAAAAUGGCCUCAGAAAAAGGUGUUCCCAGUAACUCCAGGGUACUGAUGCUUCUGGGCCAGCUGGAGAGGAUGAGUGGAGAGGCCAUGUUGAAGGAUGUCGAAACAGCGCGACAGGUCACCUCAAAGAUACUUCAUCUCAUACAGACGCAGGAGAAGAGCGGAAAAGAGGUGAUGUCCAAAGGCUCCAGUGGCAUGGAGGUCAUCCUGUCUUCACUGGAGAACUCCAGAGAUGUCCAGACCACACUCAACAUCCUGUACAUUCUCAGUGAGCUGCUGACUGUGGGCAGAGCUCGCAGGGUGGGAGUGUUUGUGUCUAAAGGCGGAACGGGAAUAUUGUUCCAGAUUAUGAACAAUGCCAGUAAAGAGUUUCCCCCCAGUGAGGAACUCAUGCUGCAGCUUCACUCACUGCUGGCUAAGGUUGGCCCAAAAGACAGAAAGUUUGGUGUGAAGGCCCGUUUGUCCGGAGCAAUGAACGCCACAGUCGACUUGAUGAAACAGAACCUACAGAACAUCAAACUUCUUCUGCCCUGCCUUCAGGUUCUCAGGGUUUAUUCCACCAACUCAGUGAAUGCUAUUUCUUUGGGGAAGAAUGGAGUGGUGGAGCUCAUGUUCAAGAUCAUUGCACCGUACAGCAAAAAGAACACCAGCCUGCUCAAGGUAGCUCUGGACGCACUGGGAGCACUGCUCAAAUCCAAAACUAAUGCUCGCCGUGCAGUGGACGGCAGACACGUGCCCGCCUUGCUUACUCUGUACCUGGAUUGGCAUCGCAAUGACACACGGCAUCGCCACAUGCUGAUUCGCAAAGGGUUUCUGGUCUGCAUCAGAAACAUCAUCAACAUCAAGCUCGGCAGGAAGGCGUUCAUAGAAGCAGAUGGCAUGAGGAUCCUCUACAACUCAUCCACUGAGUGUCUCCCGGUGCGGACCCUGGAUCCUCUGGUUAACACCUCGAGUAUCAUCAUGAGGAAAUGUUUUCCGAAGAACCGUCUGCCUCUGCCCACCAUCAAAUCAGCCUUUAACUACCAGCUGCCACACAUUCCUGCUGCAGGACCUGUGGCACAGCUGUACAGUCAGCCUGCUGGGGGAAAAACAAGUCAUCAGCGCAACAACAAGCCCUUACAGAAGGUGGAUGAUGUAGUGGAUGAAAGUGAUGAUAACGACGAGACGGAGGCAGACACAGAGAACGAUAGUGAGAAUGAAGAGGAUGAGAAGAAUCAUAGCUCCACGAAUGAUGACAUAGAGACGGACCUAAACAAGCUACAUCCCAAAAAGAGUCAGAGUCGUCCAUUCGAGGAGUUAAGAGUCUAUGAGAGAUUCUUCCUGGAGCUGUCUGAGGACUUUCAGGAGUAUAACUUUGAAAGCACCAAGAGUGCUUCUUCAUCCUCAUCAUCCUCAAGUCGAUCCCCUCGGCCAAUCAUCGUGCCCACAGCUCAGUCCCUGUCACCAAAGCAUGUCCCCAAACUGAGUUCUCAGGGGGAUGGCAGCUCUACCAAAGGACAACACACUCAGCCACCCCCCUCCGCUUCCACUCCCUCUCCCCCUGCAUCUCAACCUCCGCUUGAACUGAACACAGUCCACCUCAUCAAGGACCAAGACAAAAAAGAAGAGGCCCACGUUCCUUCCCCAGAUGGACAUGCGACCUUGUCCUCCCUCACCAGUCCUCCCUCUCAAGAGCAGAGGAUUGAACAGGAACUAGUACAUGUGUUGGAGUGUGUAUCUCUAGAGCAGGAGGGGGCUUUUAAUGCCGGAGAAGGAAUAAAGGGAGGCAAACAAGCAGGAUCUCCCAUCAAUGCCACUAGACUCAUACAGUCUCCUCUGCUGUUGGGAGGUAUCGUGACACGUCGCGUGGGAGGAGGCAGUGGCAGUAACUGGGGUUCAGAUUGUGGGUCAGAGGGAGCUGAUGAUGAAGGAGGGGAAGGAGCAGUCCUGGAAGUGCCAGACACGGCGCUGCUCCUCUCACUGCACGACCCUGACCUCUACGUGGAGAUGGUGAAGGGAACACACUCUGUACCUCAGUACGCUGAAGUGGCUUAUCCAGACUACUUUGGCCAUGUAGCCCCAACAUUUAGAGAACCCCUCGUGGAGAGAGUUUAUGGUGUACAGAGGUCUAAGAUAUUCCAGGACAUUGAGAGGAUGAUUCAUCCUAAUGAUAUCCUGGAUAAAGUCGUUUAUGACCUGGACAUCCUCAGUUGUCCGGUGAUUGAAGACGACGGUGAAUCGCUAAAGUUCAACUCCCAGUUUGAGUCUGGCAACCUCAGGAAGGCCGUUCAAGUUAGGAAACACGAGUAUGACCUGGUGCUGAAUUCAGACAUCAACAGUAAUCACUACCACCAGUGGUUCUACUUUGAGGUGAGCGGCAUGCGUGUCGGAACUACUUACCGCUUCAACAUCAUCAACUCUGAGAAGUCAAACAGCCAGUUCAACUAUGGCAUGCAGGUGCUGAUGUACUCUGUCCAGGAGGCGAUUAGUGGGAGGCCUCGUUGGGUCAGAACAGGAUCAGACAUCUGUUAUUACAAGAAUCAUUUUGCAAGGAGCUCCAUUGCAGCCGGCGGUCAGAAAGGAAAAUCCUACUAUACAUUGACCUUCAGCACAAACUUCAGCCAUAAGGAUGAUGUCUGCUACUUUGCCUAUCAUUACCCUUACACAUAUUCCACUCUUAAGAUGCACCUGUCCAAACUGGAGGCUUUGAGGACCACAAAGAUCUACCUGAGACAGGACGUCCUGUGUGAAACCCUGGGGGGAAACGGCUGCCCCCUUCUCACCAUCACUGCCAUGCCGGAGUCCAACUCCAAUGAUCACAUCUGUCAGUUUAGGAAUCGUCCAUUGAUCUUCUUGUCGGCCAGGGUGCACCCUGGAGAGACCAAUGCCAGCUGGGUAAUGAAAGGCACGCUGGAGUUCCUGAUGGGCACCAGCUCGCAGGCAGCCAGCCUGAGGGAGGCCUACAUCUUCAAGAUAAUCCCCAUGCUCAACCCUGAUGGAGUUGUAAAUGGAAACCAUCGCUGUUCUCUGAGUGGAGAGGAUUUGAAUCGCCAGUGGCAGAGCCCCAAUCUUGAGCUCCACCCCACCAUCUUCCACACGAAGGGCCUGCUGCAGUACCUUGCACACAUACAGAGGGCACCACUGGUGUUCUGUGACUACCACGGCCAUUCCAGAAAGAAAAACGUGUUUAUGUACGGCUGCAGUGUGAAGGAGACGGUCUGGCAGUCCAAUAUCAGUGCUUCGUCUAGCGACCUACAGGAGGACCUUGGUUACAGGGCUCUCCCUAAGAUCCUCUCUCAGAUCGCCCCGGCCUUCAGCAUGGGGAGCUGCAGUUUUGUUGUGGAGCGCUCUAAAGAGUCGACCGCUCGUGUCGUUGUAUGGAGAGAGAUCGGAGUACAACGCAGUUACACCAUGGAGAGCACGCUCUGUGGCUGUGACCAAGGCAAAUAUAAGGGGCUUCAGAUCGGCACCAGAGAGCUGGAGGAGAUGGGAGCUCAGUUCUGCGUGGCCCUGCUGAGGCUGAAGCGGCUGACGAGCAUCCGCAACCACCAACACCUGCUGGAUUUGGAGGGUGACAUCAUUGGGACACAGACUAAAGUGGUCAGCAGCUGCUCCACUACCUACGUGAUGGAGGAGGACGAGCCAUCCUUUCUGGAGGCAAUAGACUACAGUGCAGAGAGCAAUGAUGAGGACACCGAGGCCGAAAACGAGCUCGGCAGCGAAGUCCUCAAGAACCCGGAACAUCAUGAUCAUCUGUCAGACUCCGAGAUGAAUCACAGGGACUAACGCUGAGGUGUCCACCCUUUCAGCACCCGGCGGUUUGAGCUUAUAACCAUUCAGUACUCAGACUGUUUGCUGAUCCAAAAAAAAAACACAGGUUAAUUCACACUUAUCAUGUAGAUUCACACCUAAUACAGUUAUGUAGACACUAUCAUGGUACGUACGCUGCUUUGACACCAGUCGGGUGCUCUUUCCCCUGAUGGAUGGAGUUUGUUGGCCCACCUGCUGCUGAGGGUGGGGCACUCUAAUGGCCUUUCCCCUCAGUAAGGCUGAUAUGAGCCCUGACUAAGAUUCAAGGUGGAUCUCAAUGAAUGUUCUCACCAUUAGCUGUCACACUAUAACCUUCAUGAACUGUGACCCCUGACCUCAGACACUAUUUAUCCUCUGAGAUCCACUGUAGUUGAACCACAGCAGCAAACAGCAGGCACCACCAGUCCUUAACUUGAACCCUCUCUCCACUUUUCUCCCUGCCCACGUGUCCGUGAAGCCGCCUGCCGAGGCUGUAGUGAACUAGAGCCAUCAGCUUCUUUAGGUGCAGUGUUAGAAUCCCGUCUUACCUGUAACACUGUGUUUAAAUUCAAACAACCCUGGUGAUCACAGGAUUCUAGAUCUGUCCCACUGAGCAGCUCAGAGAUCCAAACAACCUGCCGUCUAAUUUCCUUUCUUCUUUUCUUCACUCGUGUCCUCUACUUAAAUGUUUUACUCCUUUUCUUGGUUUGCUCCUUCCUUCCUUCCUGAUUUAUAUUUGUUCUUCCUUCAUUUCUUCCUUACAUCCUCCCUCCUUCUCCUUUUCCUCCCUUCGGCCUCAAUGUGAUGGUUGGAUGGGAUGUAGGUUAAACCAAACUGCCCCUUUUCCUCAUGUAGCUGCUGGCUAACCCCAGUCAUCAUCAGGUAUAUAAUGUAAAAAACCUGCUCAGACGUGACGACACGCCCUCACUUCCUCUCCCCUGUGUCCCACUCCUCUUCUGCCACAGUGCUCUCGGUCUGAUCACGCGUGUGCUGUUCGCCUCGCUUUAGCCAAAACAGACACUGUAAGCAUCAUGUAGAAUGUACAAUGUCUUUAUUGAGAUGUUUGAACACACAACUAAAGCAAACUAAAACAGGUUUGGUUUCUUGCUCACAUGAACACAAGCGGUAAAAUAUGAUAGAAUCCACACGCGCUGUAGGUGUUCCCAUUGCUUUUCACAAUAGACAGUAUUAAAAGGUUUAGACGCAGCAGUGAUGAAGAAGACGCAUGAGCUGCAGAGUGCAGAAAACCCUUUUGCACUUUGGAGAAACACCACGCAGAACAAAGACGGAGUCACUUUACGACAUAUCACAGUCUGCAAACUUCCCCUGAUUAGUUUUUAAGUUCUCCGAGCUCAGCCCGACGCUGAUCGUAACCUUGCUGUGAUGUUUAAAAAAGUACUCUAGUGGAAUUAUAUUUUCCUUGUGUACCUCCCUCCAGUCUGUGUGUACAUUUUUUUUGUGAGUUUACUUAGUGGAGACCCAUUCAUGAAAACAGAUGGUGCUUCGUAUUGACAGUAUAAAGUAGAUUGUUGGAUUUACUCUCUUUUUUUUUUUUUGGUUCGUGGAGAUGAGAUGAGUUGCUGUUUCAAUUUGUACAGCUAGUGCAUGGCUAUUUUCUGUUGUUUUUAUUUUGUAAUUUAUUAAGUAUUGUUUCUGGGAUGCAUCCUGUAUGUAUAUGAGAUAUUUGUGUGUGUGUGUGUGCGCUUGGGAGUGUGUCUGUGCUCAAGGAGUUUAAGUUAUUCCAUUAUUCAGCUCAGCUAAUGCUCUUACUGUGUGUUUCUUCUUUCAAUUUGAUUAUCUUCUCUCACUCUCCCCAAUCACUUUCUCAUCCUCGUUUUCCCUCUUAACCUUUUUUCAUUCCUCUUUCUCUGUCUCCCCCCCGCUACUUCCUUUUCCAAUUUAACCCAUGACCAUGUUACAAAUCAGGGGAAGUCAUUGCUCUGUGUGUGGGUAUCGGUGUGUGUGUGUGUGUGUGUGUGUAUGUAUGGGAAAUGUUUGUGGUGUCAUAUUAUAAAUGUGUUUGUCUGCAGCAGAUUUUGUCGACAUGGUGCUGGGCUGCUUUUAUUUUUAUGUUGGUUUGGAGGUGAAAAGGUGGAAAUAGCGAGUCCUUUUUAAGUUGAUUGUAACGCAGAACAUCAGAGCUAGGCGUGAAGACAUGGAAAAUAAAAUGUGAAUGUGGUAAA